AACAAAUUGUGUUGCACCGGGUGUAACCAGCGAGCUAACGUUAGGCUAGUUAGAUGUAGCUUGCUAGCUUUAGGUUAUUGUCGGUGUACGUAGCUGUAGAAUGAACACAAUACACCACAUUGUUGAGGGACUCUAACGAAACUCGCUGGUGUCACUUUAUUUCAUCAACACACUGCUGUUGUCGUCGACGUCUUCUGUUUAGUUGUCUUGAUAAUUUGCUUUCCCGUGACAGUCGGUUAGCUAGUUAGCCUCUUCAGCUAGCUAAGUACAGUAGCGUAUGGGUGUCAAAGUUAGCUGUGACUUCACUUGGUGUCUGGUUGCCUGAUCUCACAUUUCGGACACGUCAAGGUUCCUCAAAUCCGUCUCCUGAUUUUGGGGGCUAUGAUGUCGGAGCCGAAGACCCCCGUUCCCACUCCUGCUGGCGACACAUACAAAGGAUGGGUGUUCAAGUGGACAAAUUACAUCAAGGGUUAUCAGCGGAGGUGGUUUGUCCUGAGUAAUGGGCUGCUGUCCUACUACAGGACCCAGGCAGAGAUGGGCCACACGUGUCGAGGCACAAUCAACCUGGCGACGGCAACCAUCACCGUGGAUGACGCCUGCAACUUUGUCAUCUCCAAUGGCGGAGCGCAGACGUAUCACCUGAAGGCCAGCUGUGAAGUGGAACGCCAGCGCUGGAUCACUGCCCUGGAACUGGCCAAAGCCAAGGCGGCCCGCAUGCAGGCUGAGUCAGAUGACUCGGGGGAUGAUUUUCCCUCAUCAUCCCCGCCCACCGCACCCGGACAAGGUGGCGGUUCGCAGAAUUCCGAAGUGCAGUCUGCUCUCCGAACACUAGGCAGCAAGGUGGAGGAUCUCAGCACUUGCAACGACCUCAUUUCAAAGCAUGGCUCUGCCCUCCAGAGGUCUUUAUCAGAACUGGACAGUUUGCGUCUUACCGGAGAAGCUGGGGAUAAGAUCCGUCAGGUGACAGAGAGGGCCACGCUGUUCCGUAUCACCUCUAAUGCCAUGAUAAAUGCGUGCCGAGACUUCCUCGCGUUGGCUCAGACUCACAGCAAGCGAUUGCAGAAGGCCCUUCAGGCAGAACGGGACCAGCGGGUUAGGCUGGAGGAGACUUUAGAGCAGCUGGCCAAGCAGCACAACCACCUGGAGCGAGCCUUCAGAGGGGCUUCACAGUCUAAUGCCACUGCAGACAAUGAAAGUGCUUCUGGCCCGGGAAAAGGUGAGGGGAGCGACGAAGAAGACGACAACGAGUUCUUUGAUGCCAUGGAGGAGGCUCCUGAGUUUAUCACUGUCCCUGCAGACCCCCACUUUCACAAAAGGUCAAGCAGUAAUAUCAGCGGUUUCAACAGUGAAAUGUGUCCUGAUGAUCAAUCGCUCAACGAGGAGCCUCUUGCGAUGAACCAGGAAUCCCCCUCUCAGGAGUUGGUGCCGCUGAAGAAGCGGCGGACACGCAUUGCAGACAAACCUAACUAUUCUCUCAAUCUGUGGAGUAUCAUGAAGAACUGUAUCGGCAAAGAGCUGUCCAAAAUCCCAAUGCCUGUAAACUUCAACGAGCCCAUCUCCAUGCUGCAGCGGCUGUCAGAGGACCUGGAGUACCACGAGCUGCUGGACAAGGCCUCCAAGUGCCAGAGUUCCCUGGAGCAGAUGUGCUACGUGGCCGCCUUCUCCGUGUCCUCCUACUCCACCACCGUCCACCGCACGGGCAAACCCUUCAACCCCCUGCUGGGAGAGACGUACGAGCUGGACCGCCGGAGAGAGAGCGGCUACCGCUCCCUCUGCGAACAGGUCAGUCACCACCCCCCCGCGGCAGCGCACCAUGUGAUCUCGGAUCGCGGAUGGACUCUGAGGCAGGAAAUCACUGUUGCCAGCAAGUUCAGGGGAAAAUACCUCUCCAUUAUGCCUUUAGGCACCAUUCACGCCAUCUUUGAGAAGGGCAACAAUCACUACACAUGGAAGAAAGUCACCACCACAGUACACAACAUCAUCGUGGGGAAGCUGUGGAUCGAUCAGUCAGGAGAGAUAGACGUGGUGAACCACACCACAGGAGACCGCUGCCACCUGAAGUUUGCUCCCUACAGUUACUUCUCCAGAGAUGUGGCCAGAAAGGUGACAGGUGUGGUGAUGGACAAGGACGGCAAGGCCCACUACGUGCUGUCGGGCACGUGGGACGAGAAGAUGGAGUUUUCCCGGGUGAUGCAGAGCAGCCUCGGAGGAGAGAACGGCACCGAGGGCAAACAGAAGACGGUCUAUCAAACCCUGAAAGCCAGAGAGGUUUGGAGGAGGAACCCUCUACCUGAGGGAGCAGAUACCAUGUACUACUUUACCUCCUUGGCGCUGACCCUAAAUGAAUACGAGGAAGGCAUAUCGCCCACCGACAGCCGGCGCCGGCCCGACCAGCGCCUGAUGGAGGAAGGCCGCUGGGACGAAGGCAACUCGGAGAAGCAGCGGCUGGAGGAGAAGCAGCGCAUCGUCCGGCGGGAGAGAGAGAGGGAAGCCGCCAGCCAACGCACCGCCAGCCAGCCAGAGGAAGCUGUCGAUGAGGACUCUCUAACUGAUCCGUCCUUAAAAAGCGCACCUCAUGACAGCCACCUGGCCCUUUGGUUCGACCGCUGUGAAGACGAGAUCACGGGGGAGCAGGUCCACAUCUAUAAGGGAGGCUACUGGGAAGCCAAGGACCGCGGCAUCUGGGAGGGCUGCCCGGACAUAUAUUGACCUCAUCUUUGACUGGAAAGUGCCCCCGAAGAGACUGACCCUUGGAAGCCGCCUGGUGCACGG